AUGCAAAAACUAGCUCUUGUUAUUGUCGAUCUCCAGAACGACUUUCUUCCUCCACAUGGUUCGUUGGCUGUACCGGGAGGCAAUGAAAUUAUCAACAACAUCAUCAACUUGUUGGAUCCUCACAAGUACAGGUUUCUGGCAGUUAUAGCAACUCAGGAUUGGCAUCCUUCUGACCACUGCUCAUUUGCUUCUCAACAUGGUUCGGAGCCCUACACAUCCAAGGUGUUUGAGCAUCCAGAAAACAAGAAAGAUCAACAUGGAAAAACCAUCACCUUGAACCAGACGCUCUGGCCGGAUCAUUGUAUUCAGAAUACAGAAGGAGCUGAGCUCGAGCUGGAGUUUGAGAAGGUUUUCAACAAGCUAGAGGUGCCACAUACCAUCAUCAAAAAAGGAUACCUUAAAGACCGAGAAUACUAUUCCUGUUUUGGUGAUUGCUGGGACCUCCAUCAUACUGAAAUCAACCAAUACUUGAAAGAUAAUGGCAUAACUGAUGUUGUAUUCGCAGGGCUUGCGUACGAUUACUGUGUCCUCCAGUCUGCCAUAGAUAGCGUCAAGAAAGGAUACAAAACAUAUGUGGUGAAAGAGGCUUGUAAAAAUGUAUACCCGCAAAAAAUGCCUUUAACAGAUAACAUUUACCGGUCCCACGGCAUCACCGUUACACAUGUGAACGACUUUUUCCUUACAAAGUUUCAGUGA